CCUGGCGCAGACCAAGGCGGGGCCUGCGCUCCCACUGGUGAUGGCCGGCUUGCGAUGUCAGCUGGAGCUGUGUGACCCGAUGCAGACGAGGCCGCUGUCUCCUACCUGGCGCAGACCGAGGCGGGGCCUGCGCUGCCACUGGUUGAAUUUCCCGCCGCCCCAAGCUUCUGAGGCACAAGCGAAGGUGGAGGACAAAAAAAGCAGCCAUGUGACUUCUACUUCUGGGCAAAGUGUGAACUCUGGACCAAAGCAAGACUUCCCUGUUCUUCGUGUUGAUGACAAGCAAAGACUUGCCAAGGAACGCAGGGAGGAACGACAAAAACUGCUUGCUGCAAGAGAACAGCUAUUACAUGAAAAGGAGGAAAAAGCAAGACAGCAUUAUGAGAAACAACUAGAAGAACGAAAAAAGAAACUUGAAGAACAGAGACUAAAGGAAGAAAGAAGGCGUAUUGCUGUUGAAGAAAAACGGAAACAAAAACUUCAAGAAGACAGAGAACGACAUGAAGCAGUUGUACGUCGCACAAUUGAAAGAAGUCAAAGGAUAAAACAGAAGUCCGGCAGGUGGUCAUGGGGUGGAGCCCUACAAAGCAAUUCAACCUUCAAUAGAGAUGAUUCAGAUAGGCGUUCAGUAUCUACAAUGAACCUUGCGAAGCAUGCUGAUCCAAUCAUUAACAAGAGGUUAUCGUCAUCUUCAGCAACAUUAUUAAAUUCUCCAGACAAAGCACGACGGUUGCAGCUGAGUCCCUGGGAAAGCAGCAUUGUCACUCGUCUUUUAACUCCUACGCACUCAUUCUUAGCUAGAAGCAGAAGCACUGCUGCCUUGUAUGGGAGUAAUCUAGAUGCAGCAUCUGCCAACUCAACUCCACCAACCUGCAAGAAUCAUGCUAGGAUGUCUGACUGGCCAAGGCUCGCUGUUAGCACACUUGAUGUUCGUGGCCGGAGUAGACCAGCUAAUCCUGCAAAGAUGGACAAAAAAGAAAAGGAGAGAGAAAAUGAAAGGGAAAAAAAUGCAGCUGUCGCUCUAGCUACAAGUACAGCAGCGAAGAGGUCAUAUUCGCCUUUGUAUGUGAAGAAUAAGUCACCAAUGCCAUCCACAGUUCGAUUAUCAACAAAACCAAUGACUCCGAAAGUACUUGUGUCACCACCUGGCUCAGUGAAAAAUUCAACAAUCCAGAGGCCAUCUUCUCCUGGGAACGUUCGUCCAUCCAAAGCAUCUGAGUGUGAAGUAAAGGAGGAAGAAAUGAGUCAAAAAAAUCAGGAGGAUGAAGAAAGCAUUCCGGUCAUAAUUUCUGCGACUCCUGGUAAGAUCACAGCAGGUACCACUGACGCAGCAGAGGCCACGAGGCUUCUGGCUGAGAAGCGGCGAAUAGCACGGGAGCAGAGGGAACGAGAAGAAGAGGAGAAAAGAGAACAGGAGGAGAAAGAAAGGCAAAUGAAGGAAGAAAUACUGCGGCGAAAGCAAGAAGAGAAAGCUCGCCGUGAAGAGGAAGCACGAAGACUUGAAGAGGAAAAGAGACUUCAAGAAGAACAGCAAAAACUUGAAGAGGAGCAAAGACUUCUACUGGAAAAGGCUGAAAGAGACAGAGAAGAAAGGGAGCGCUUACAAAAACAAAAAGAGGAAGAUGCUCGUGCUCGAGAGGAGGCUGAGAAGCUAAGGAAAAAACGUGAUGAACAUUUUCAAAAGGAAGAACUAGAACGUUUGGAAAGAAAGAAGAGACUUGAGCAAAUUAUGAAAAGAACAAGAAGGUCCAACACUUCUGAAAAGAAGGAUAAUCAGUUAAGUUCUACAGAACAGAGAAAUGGGGAAGAUCCUGCACAAACAAUACUUGAUGAAGCAACCAACCAGAACCCUGAUUACAUAACUGAAACAAAAGCAGUGUCAGUGAUCCCUGAGGAAGAAACCAAUAAGCAGUCAGAAAUGGGCAAUAAUGGAGAGUUUGCAGAUCAAUCGCAAACAGAUGAAGAAUGUUCUUCUGCUCAGAAAAUUAUCAGAGAGAAUGGCAUUCCCAUGCAGGAUGAAAGCUUUGAAGAUUACAUUGAUCUGUCAUUUGGAAUAAAAUCUCCCAGAGUAACUACAGAACCCAUUAAUAAUUGUCAGGAUGAAGUUGGAAUUCCUGUGAAUCCAGUUAUUGCAUUUGAGGAAAAUGGAUCCAUGGAGUUAUUAACCAAAGUAGAUGGCAUUCAAACUCAGAAAACAGCUGAAGUCAUUUGACAGUGUUGAGCAAGAACGACAAAGUGUGGAGUUCAGUGAGCACGCUCAGAAUAAUUGGGAAUUUGUUGUUUCACGCCAUGAAGAAUUGCAGUGCAGCCUUUCUAAGAUCCAGAACUGGAAUCUAACCACAACAGUGAGAACAGGAAUAAUAAAUAUGCAAAAUGUGGGUAGAGAGAAAUUCAUCAUUGCUAACUGAGCUUCUAGUUAAUUCUGAUCACUGGUUAAUCUUGCUUAGUAUGCAUUGUAUAUAAACUGCUUUUCGAACAUGCUGCUUCAGGGAAUUGGCAUUCUUUAUAAUAAGACAAGAAUGACAAUAGCGAUUUUGUGAUGGUGCAGGGAAUUACUUUAAGUUAGCAGUUCCUUUAUUUGUUUUGGAGCACUUAUUACUUGAAUAAGCCUUGUUGUGCUGCAAGUAGUUGACAAUAGGCAUUGAGUUAUAAACCAAUUGGUUUAAUAUGGCACAAUGAACUCAGCUGAGUUCCACAUAAUCUCUUAAAUACUAAUAGAAUUCUUUUAGAAGCUUCUCUUGUUACCUCCUUUUCAGAACCUUUUUUAACACCAACUAUGAAAAAAAAAUGUUGAAAUAGAGAAUAUUAAUUUUUAAUAGUAAAUCUGUAAUUGAUAAAUAAUGCACCCAUUUUACAUAAGAUGGUUAUUAAACUAAUUUUGGGCUGAUGAAUCAUUUAAUGAAGUAUCUCAAUGUAUUGAUACUGGUUCAGUUUGUGAGCAGACAAGUAGUUAUAAUGACUUGUGAUCUGAUAAGAUCAUGAUAUAAACUUAAAAUGACUUAAAGUUAUAUAUAUAAUCUCAAGAAACCUGGUAUUUAAGAAAGGCAUUCCUUGUCUGUGACUUCAACUUACUAGAGUUGGAGGAUUUAAAUUUAACUCAAUUACAUGUUACUGCGCUAUCUCAAGUUUAGAUAUUGCUGAUAGAGAGCAUGACAAAAAACUUUGCACUUUCUUCCCUUUUUAAGUACUACUGAAAUUAUUGCAGGCGGAAUGAAACAUGUUCAGGUGUCAGCUUGUUUUUUUCUGUCCUAAGAUAAAAUGCCUUCACAGAAGGAUUUCUGUUGCAAUUGGCCAGAGACUGAAAUGAGUAUGUUUAGCAGUUUCACUUAAGGCCAGAUGGUAUAUUUUUUUGUGGCAAACACUUAAUCUAAUCUUUGAAAACCUUCAUCCAUUAUGAAUGAUAAAAAAGCCAUUUAGUGGGACGUUCAGUGAUCACUGCAUAGUUGCAUAGUUUGUUCUAUUUUUCUGUAUUGUCUGUUCAUAUCCAUGUAUAUAGAAAUUAUUUAACAAUUACUUUAAAUUGUUUUGGCUUUAAUCUGUGUAGAUUAUGUACAAAAACAUGAUUUUGAGUUACUAUUUUAAAAUUCUAAAUUAAUUUGCAGUUGUAUAGGGAUAGUUGGCUCACUGAACCAAUCAGAUGUGAUUAUUGUUAAUUUUUACAAGGGGAAUGUUCUAAAUUUAAUUUUUCUAAUCCAGAGAAUGCUGAAAAUUUGACUUUCAGUUUUUUUGGUACCUUUUGUCUCAUUUAAAUAUGCUGGAUUAAAUGAGCUGCAUAAGAUUUUGAAUAUUAAUUUGAGGAUGCCCAGCAAGACAUUUUUCUGUAUGAGAAACUAGAACGAAAGGCUCAGUAAAAUCUGCAUACGUUUGAAGAGAGGUGACCUUUCAUUUUCCAUUAUUAUGCAUUUCCCCAUCCCACCUGAUUUUUGUAACUUCAAAAGAUUGAAAUUUGGAGGAGAAAAGUUUGAUAAUUUACACAAGUAAAAUGCAAUAAAAUAGUUUGUGUAAACAGUCUGUGUGGCAA